GCAGGGAGAGGGAAGGUCCAGGGGCUGAGCUUUCCCCCUCUAGCCCAGCGGUUUCCUCCCCCACUCCCAUUCUGCUCUCUCAGUCUCUCACAGUCACACAGCGGAGAGACGCACAGACAGAGCAGCUCAGGCAGCAGGAAACCACUGGCAGGCAGGCAGGCGGCUGGAAGCUGCUGCUGCCACUCCUUACACACAGAGGGGAAAGAGAGAGGGGGAAGGAGAGAAGGAGAGAGCUCAUCUACUGAAAAAGAGGAGGCAGGGGAGAGUAGUUUUCUGUACUUUUCCCAGCAACACGUGGAUGGAACUCACAGGCUGGUAAGUGAUCCGGGAGAGGAGAGGGGGGGGGGAUCGUAUGCUCUAGCUGAAAGACUGUUUAUAGUAACUUAAGCUGCUCAAAGCAAAAAGGUGUCGACUUUCAGUAGAGGGUUUGAGAAAGAAAAGUCAGACUGUGGAAAGCUAAAAACAAAUCUAUGCUCAUGUCACACUCCUGAAUUCACACUGCAUAGCCUGUGGGGAGAUAACAGCUAACGGUGGAAUCGGCGCUGGGAUGACGGGCGAAAGGCCAACACCCUUUUAUGGAAUUGGAACCUAACCCUCUUGGUAGGUUUUAAAACAAUAGACACAGGAAAUCUAACAGAAUGUAAUAUUUUCUUUCGACUCAACAAUAUGGAAUUUAAGUCAUUUCAAAAAAUCAUUGGAGAUAACAUCUGCUUACACAAAAAAUGAACUCUGUUUAGGUGUUCUUAUCUAAAUAUUCUAUUGUGGUGGGUUUGUAGCUAAAAACAUUUCUUGGGUGGAGGCUUUUCACUACACAAGAAAAGUGUUUUAAUGACUAUCUGAACUUACUUAAAACUAAAGUUACCACAAAACUGUAGCUUUAUACUUCUCAAUAGAUGUGGUCCUCUGUAGCUCAGCUGGUAGAGCACGGCGCUUGUAACGCCAAGGUAGUGGGUUCGAUCCCCGGGACCACCCAUACACAAAAAUGUAUGCACGCAUGACUGUAAGUCGCUUUGGAUAAAAGCGUCUGCUAAAUGGCAUAUUUUAUUUUAUGUCUGCUGCAUUCUCUAAACCAGUGCUGUUGAGCUGAUGAUUAAUAAACCACAUUCGUGUUUACAUUAUUGGACUUCUAUUCUGGGAGGUUUGCUCAAAGAUUUUUCCCCCUUUCAAAAGUAACUGCAUGGGGACAGUUGGCUUUCCAGGGCAUUGAUCAGUGAAAAGGUUUGCAUUGGUAGGGAUGAAUGUUUCACUAGUGUAGGGGUGGGCAAUAAGUUAUAGUUUUAGAUGUUCAAGAUUGGCCUGGAGUUUUCUUUUCUUUUUUUCAAAAUAAUAAUUUCCCCCCUCCCCGCAAUGAACACAAUAAUAAUUCAAAUCCUCCCCCGGUCCGGAUUGAAUGGGCUCUCGGGCCGUAUCCAGCCCGCCGGCCGUAUGUUGCCAACCCCUGCCCUAUAAUUUAAAAUAUAUUACACUUUGUAGCCUAUAAUAACGCUAUGGUGAACUUCUGUUGAAACUAGUUUUGAGAGAGAGAAAAUACACUACAUGACCAAAAGUAUGUGGACACCUGCUCGUCGAACAUCUCAUUCCAAAAUCAUGGGCAUUAGUAUGGCGUUGGUCCCCCCUUUGCUGUUAUAACAGCCUCUACUCUUCUGGGAAGGCUUUCCACUAGAUGUUGGAACAUUGCUGCGGGGACAUGCUUCCAUUCAGCCACAAGAACAUUAGUGAGGUCGGGCACUGAUGUUGGGCGAUUAGGCUUGGCUUCACAAUAGGCGUUCCAAUUCAUCCCAAAGGCGUUUGAUGGGGUUGAGGUCAGGGCUCUGUGCAGGCCAGUCAAGUUCUUCCACACCAAUCUCGACAAACCAUUUCUGUAUGGACCUCGCUUUGUGCACGGGGGCAUUGUCAUGCUGAAACAGGAAUGGGCCUUCCUCAAAUUGUUGCCACAAAGUUGGAAGCACAGAAUCAUCUAGAAUGUCAUUGUAUGCUGUAGCGUUAAGAUUUCCCUUCACUGGAACUAAGGGGCCUAGCCCAAACCAUGAAAAACAGCCCAAGACCAUUAUUCCUCCUCCACCAAACUUUACAGUUGGUGCUAUGCAUAGCGUUCUCUUGGCAUCCGCCAAACCCAGAUUCGUCAGUCGGACUACCAGAUGGUGAAGCGUGAUUCAUCACUCCAGAGAACACGUUUCUACUGCUCCAGAGUCCAAUGGUGGCGAGCUUUACACCACUCCAGCCGACGCUUGGCAUUGAGCAUGGUGAUCUUAGGCUUGUGUGCGGCUGCUCGGCCAUGGAAACCCAUUUCACAAAGCUCCCGACAAACAGUUAUUGUGCUGAUGUUGCUUACCGAGGCAGUUUGGAACACGGUAGCGAGUGUUGCAACCGAGGACAGGAGAUUUUUACACGCUAUGCACUUCAGCACUCGGCGGUCCCAUUCUGUGAGCUUGUGUGGCCUACCACUUCGCGGCUGAGCCGUUGUUGCUCCUAGUAAUUUCCCCUUCACGAUAACAUCACUUAUAGUUGACCGGCAAAGCUCAAGCAGGGCAGAAAUUUGACUUGUUGGAAAGGUAGCAUCCUAUAUGACGGUGCCACGUUGAAAGUCACUGAGCUCUUCAGUAAGGCCAUUCUACAGCCAAUGUUUGUCUAUGGAGAUUGCAUGGCGGUGUGCUCGAUUUUAUAAACCUGUCAGCAACAGGUGUGGCUGAAAUAGCCACAUCCAUUACUUUGACGGGGUGUCCACAUACUUUUGUAUAUAUAGUGUAUAUUCUUGUUGUUUUGGUCAGGAAUAUACACAAUUCCUAAAAUGUCAACCAAACAAAUGCAACCUUGUGUGAUUACAAUAACCUAGAAAGUAAACAACAAUCGUAUUUCUACCUCUUAUUGACACUCAUAUGUGACACCCAGACAUGGGAGGAAAUUCUAACUGGGAGUUGAAUGUUAUUUGCAUUGGGAUUGUUGAAUAGAUAGCCAUCGUGGUAUUGACACAAGGUUAAAUGAUGCAUGCUGUCAGGGCCGCUCAUUGUUGUGAGCCACUGGUUUGCCUAAAUCUGCUGCUGUAAUUAUAUUUUUUGUCAUGGUGACUGUUUCUUACAGACAUCAGCAAUUCCAUGCACUCUGUUAGUUUAAAGCCCCUCCAUUAUUGAACUUGCGCUGGGUUGGCUUAUGCGUUCAUUCACAAAAGAUUUGGCAACUACAGCUACACGAUUGAGAGGGUUAAGAUACUUCACACUGUGAACAAGCACCUACAGAGGAUGGACUGACAGAUAAACACUGAAUAGGCCAUCAUCCUUUCGUAGAUAGAGUACAACGGGAUGGAGUGCCUUCAGAAAGUAUUCAUACCACUGGACUUAUUCCACAUUUUGUUGUGUUACAGCCUGAAUUCAAAAUGGAUAACAUUGAUUUCUCACCCAUCUACACACAACACCCCAUAAUGACAAAGUGAAAACAUGUUUUUAGAAAUGUAUUAAAUUAAAUACAGAAAUAUCUCAUUUACAUAAGCAUUCACACCACUGACUCAAUAGUUUAUAGAAGCAUCUUUGGCAGCGAUUACAGCUGUUAGUCUUUCUGGGUAAGAGCUUUCCACACCUGAAUUGUGCAACAUUUGCCAAUUAUUCUUUUCAAAAUUCUUCAAGCUCUGUCAAAUUGGUUGUUGAUCAUUGCUAGACAACCAUUUUUAGGUUUUGCCAUAGAUUUUCAAGUAGAUUUAAGUCAAAACUGUAACUCGGCCACUGAGGAACAUUAACAGUUUUUCUUGGUAAGCAACUCCAGUGUAGAUUUGUUUUAGGUUAUUGUCCUGCUGAAAGGUGAAUUUAUCUCCCAGUGUCUGGUGGAAAGCAGACUGAACCAGGUUUUACUCAAGGAUUUUGCCUGUGCUUAGCUCCAUUCUGUUUCUUUUUUAUCCUGAGUCCUUGUAACUUAUUAUGUGACUUAUUUAGGCUUGCCAUAACAAAGGGGUUGAAUACUUAUUGACUCAAGACAUUUCAGCAUUUUCUUUUUAAUUAAUGUGUAAAAAUGUCAAAAUACAUACUUCCACUUUGACAUUAUGGGGUAUUGCGUGUAGGUCAGUGACUAAACAUUUUAAAACCAGGCUGUAACAACAAAAUGUGGAAAAUGUCAAGGAGUGUGAAUACUUAAGGCACUAUAAGCACGGAUAAAUAACAGAUACAGUGCAUUCGGAAAGUAUUCAGACCCCUAGACUUUUUCCACGUUACAGCCUUAUUCUAAAAUUGAUUAAAUUGUAUUUUCCUCAUCAAUCUACACAUAAUACCCCAUAAUAACAAAGUACAAACAGGUUUUUAGAAAUUUUUGCAAAUGUAUACAGAUAAAAUAAAACUUAAAUAUCACAUUUACAUAAGUAUUCAGACCCUUUACUCAGCACUUUGUUGAAGCACCUUUGGCAGCGAUUACAGCCUCGAGUCUUCUUGGGUAUGACGCUACAAGCUUGGCACACCUGUAUUUGGGGAGUUUCUCCCAUUCUUCUCUGCAGAUCCGCUCAAGCUCUGUCAGGUUGGAUGGGGAGCGUUGCUGCACAGCUAUUUUCAGGUCUCUCCAGAGAUGUUCGAUCGGGUUCAAGUCCGGGCUCUGGCUGGGACACUCAAGGACAUUCAGAGACUUAUCCCGAAGCCACUCCUGCGUUGUCUUGGCUGUGUGCUUAGGGUCGUUGUCCUGUUGGAAGGUGAACUUUCUCCCCAGUCUGAGGUCCUGAGCGCUCUGGAUUAGGUUUUCAUCAAGGAACUCUCUGUACUUUGCUACGUUCAUAUUUACCAAGUCUGAAAUUAGUCUGUCACAGUUGACAAGUGUCAUGAGAAGAGAGCAUUUCAGAUCUUAUCAUAAAUUGGUCAGACAUUUCCUGUAUGCUGAAACACUUGUAGGUAAUACUUGUAUUGUAUGCAGCAAAUAGACUGCCUACUACAGUACUUCAAGGUAUUUCAUAUCAUCUGCUUCUACUGAAACAGUUGUAUGUUGCAAAACAACAGUCAGAAAAUGAAUAAAAGGCAAGGAGGAAAUAUAAUAUACUGAACAAAAAUAUAAACGCAACAUGCAACAAUGUAACACUGUAAAGUCCAUGGAAAAUAAGAGCACUUCCUCCCAGCUGCCCACUGCACUGAGGCUAGGAAACACUAUCACCACCGAUAAAUCUACAAUAAUCGAGAAUUUCAACAAGCAUUUUGCUACGGCUGGCCAUGCUUUCCACUACCCCGGCCACCAGCUCUGCACCCUCCGCUGCAACUUGCCCAUGCCCCCCCCCCGCUUCUCCUUCACACAAAUCCAGACAGCUGAUGUUCUAAAAGAGCUGCAAAAUCUGGACCCCUACAAAUCAUCUGGGCUAGACAAUCUGGACCCUUUCUUUCUAAAACUAGCCGCCGAAAUUGUCGCAACCCCUAUUACUAGCCUGUUCAACCUCUCUUUCGUAACGUCUGAGAUCCCCAGAGAUUGGAAAACUGCCGCGGUCAUCCCCCUCUUCAAAGGGGGUGACACUCUAGAUCCAAACUGUUACAGACCCAUAUCCAUCCUGCCCUGCCUUUCAAAAGUUUUUGAAAGCCAAGUCAACAAACAGAUCACCGACCAUUUCGAAUCCCACCGUACCUUCUCCGCUAUGCAAUCCGGUUUCCGAGCUGGUCAUGGGUGCACUUCAGCCACGCUCAAGGUCCUAAACGAUAUUAUAACCGCGAUCGAUAAUAGACAGUACUGUGCAGCCGUUUUCAUUGACCUGGCCAAGGCUUUCGACUGUCAACCACCGCAUUCUUAUUGGCAGACUAAAUAGCCUUGGUUUCUCAAAUGACUGCCUCGCCUGGUUCACCAACUACUUCUCAGAUAGAGUUCAAUGUGUCAAAUCGGAGGGCCUGUUGUCUGGACCUAUGGCAGUCUCUAUGGGGGUGCCACAGGGUUCAAUUCUUGGGCCGACUCUUUUCUCUGUGUAUAUCAAUGACGUCGCUCUUGCUGCUGGUGACUCUCAGAUCCACCUCUACGCAGACGACACCAUUUUGUAUACAUCUGGCCCUUCAUUGGACACUGUGUUAACAAACCUCCAAACGAGCUUCAAUUCCAUACAACACUCCUUCAGUAGCCUCCAACUGCUCUUAAACACUAGUAAAACUAAAUGCAUGCUCUUCAACCGAACGCUGCUUGCACCCGCCCACCCGACUAGAAUCACUACUCUCGACGGGUCUGACCUAGAGUAUGUGGACAACUACAAAUAUCUAGGUGUCUGGUUAGACUGUAAACUCUCCUUCCAGACUCACAUUAAGAAUCUCCAAUCCAAAGUUAAAUCUAGAAUCGGUUUCCUAUUUCGCAACAAAGCCUCCUUCACUCAUGCUGCCAAACAUGCCCUCGUAAAACGGACUAUCCUACCGAUCCUUGACUUCGGCGAUGUCAUUUACAAAAUAGCCUCCAACACUCUACUCAGCAAAUUGGAUGUAGUCUAUCACAGUGCCAUCCGUUUUGUCUCCAAAGCCCCAUAUAAUACCCACCACUGUGACCUGUACGCUCUUGUUGGCUGGUCCUCACUACAUAUUCGUCGCCAAACCCACUGGCUCCAGGCCAUCUAUAAAUCACUGCUAGGCAAAUCCCCGCCUUAUCUUAGCUCAUUGGUCACCAUAGCAACACCCACCCGUAGUCUGCGCUCCAGCGGGUAUAUCUCACUGGUCAUCCCCAAAGCCAACACCUCCUUUGGCCGCAAUUCCUUCCAGUUCUCUGCUGCCAAUGACUGGAACAAAUUGCAAAAAUCUCUGAAGCUGGAGACACUUAUCUCCCUCACUAACUUUAAGCAUCAGUUGUCAGAGCACCUUACCGAUCACUGCACCUGUACACAGCCCAUCUGAAAUUAGCCCGCCCAACUACCUCAUCCCUAUAUUGUUAUUUAUUUUGCUCAUUUGUACCCCAGUAUCUCUAUUUGCACAUCAUCUCUUGCACAUCUAUCAUUCCAGUGUUAAUACUAAUUGUAAUUAUUUUGCACUAUAGCCUAUUUUAUUGCCUUACCUCCAUAACUUGCUAAAUUUGCACACACUGUAUAUUAUAUGUAUUUCUGUUGUAUUUUUGACUUUGUUUUGUUUUACCCCAUAUGUAACUCUGUGUUGUUGUUUUUAUCGCACUGCUUUGCUUUAUCUUGGCCAGGUCGCAGUUGUAAAUGAGAACUUGUUCUCAACUGGUUUACCUGGUUAAAUAAAGGUGAAAUAAAAAAUAAAUAAAAUAAAACAGUUCAUAUGAGGAAAUCAGUCAAUUGAAAUAAAUUAAUUAGGCCCUAAUCUAUGGAGUUCACAUGACUGGGAAUACAGAUAUGCAUCUGUUGGUCACAGAUACCUUAAAACAAAUUUAAAAUCAGGACCUCAUCACUGUAUUUUUGUGCAUUCAAAUUGCCAUAAAUAAAAUAAAAUUAUGUUUGUUGUCCGUAGCUUAUGCCUGCCCAUACCAUAACCCCUACAACACCAUGGGGCGCUCUAUUCACAACGUUAUCAGCAAACCGCUUGCCCACACGAUGCCAUACACAUGGUCUUCGGUUGUGAGGCCAGUUGGAUGUACUGCCAAAUUCUCUGAAACGACGUUAUGGUAGAGAAAUUAACAUUAAAUUAUCUGGCAACAGCUCUGGUGGACAAUCCUGGAGUCAGCAUGCCAAUUGCGCGCUCCCUCAAAACUUCAGACAUCUGUGGUAUUGUGUUGUGUGACAAAACUGCACAUUUUAGUGGCCUUUUAUUGUCCUCAGCACAAGGUGCACCUGUGUAAUGAUCAUGCUGUUUAAUCAGCUUCCUGAUAUGCCACACCUGUCAGGUGGAUGGAUUAUCUUGGCAAAGGAUGAAUGCUCACUAACAGGGAUAUAAACAAAUUUGUGCACAAAAUUUGAUAAAUACGCUUUUUGUGCAUAUGGAAAAUUUCUGGUAUCUUUUAUUUCAGCUCAUGAAACAUGGGACCAACACUUUACAUGUUGCUUUUAUAUUUUUGUUGAGUGUAAUUUUCCUCAGCAAUAGGCCUAUAUCCCAUUGGGCAAAAACUGGUUGAAUCAACGUUGUUUCAAUGUCAUUUUAACAAAAAAAUUUAAUGUGAUGACGUUGAAUCAACGUGGAAAACUGAUUGGAUUUGCUAAAUGUCUUCAACGUAUUAUUAUUAUUAAUUUUUUUUACUCAGGAGACAGAGAAGCAACAUUUGGCAGAACAUAUUUGUGCUCUACAAAUACGGUUUCAUACAAACUCUGAUCUCCGAAGUCUUCAGUCUCAAUCAAAUCACACACACCGUAGAGCUACGGCGGUGCAGUACAGCACUGGCUACACCAGGAAUAGGCAACUCCAGUCCUCGGGGGCUUGAUUGGUGUCACACUUUUGCCCCAGUCCCAGCUAACACACCUGACUCCAAUGAUAAUGAUAUUCGGUUUAGAAUGCAAUUAGUUUAAUCAGCUGUAAUGAUAAUGAUAUUCGGUUUAGAAUGCAAUUAGUUUAAUCAGCUGUGUUUGCUAGGGAUUGGGGAAAAGUCCGGCCUUCGGGCCCAGAGGACUGGAGUUGCCCAUCCCUAGGUUACACAAAUUCAAUUGCGAGCUGCAACGCUUCUCUUUUGUAGGGAGCUCUGAACAUACGCGUUUUGACAGCUUUGCUUCUUUUGUUUGGAAUCGUUGGAAUAUGAGAAAAGUUAUAAUUUCGCCUUCAGCCUUACUGUCGUUCUUUCACCCCGGUGAGUAGGCUGAUUGAAAAGCCACAUUACCAGUCUGUAUUUAUAGUCCUACAAUCAAUAUUGCAUUUGGACUGUCCACCCAUUGUGGACUAAAUGCGAUUGCUCGACCCACGGUUGUUGUUGCUGUUUGGGUAGCCUACCUUGGGGAUGUGAGGAUGGAUGCCUCGCUCCAUGUUGGACAGAAUAAGCGCGCUUGAUUGAUGUUGCCCCGCGGUAUUCGCACUCUAGCACAGUUGGAAUAACUUCAAAAGUACUAACCCUGGUUUAGACGGCACGCUGGAUCAAACACAUCUACUGACUGUUUCAUUCACAUCCUCAGAAUGAAUCAACAUAAUAUUGACUCACAAUUUCAAAUGCAUUUCCUGUUGGUGCAAUAUGUUCAGAUUUUUGUCUUUCUCCUUUCAGAUCCUAUGAUGUGGAAUGUUUUGUGACUGUGUGGACACUGAUAACAAAACAGCGAUGACUAGUGACAUGAUCGUCUCAACAAUACAGUCACAGUAAAGAGAAGACGGGAGAGGUGUCGGGAGGAGAUGAAAUUGAACUGAAGACCAACAUUUCUCUGAGGAGCCCAUGUCUCCAGUUGGGCAAAUAUGAUGGAACUCAGACACUCCCAAAUCAUUUGGAACCAUUGUGAAAGUAGCAGCCUGUCAAACACAACAACCUAUUGGACUUGACAAAAAUAUAGAAAAGAGGGGGUGAGGGCAGGAAGGUUUGAAGAAUGUUUUUGAAUUUCAGAAGGAUCAGAAAAUGUCAAUGUGUGCAGCUGGUGACGACGUGCUUUGUCCUGUCCGUGUUGAUGGUGUGCUGGGAGCAGCUGGACCACCAUGUGGUGAGCCACAUGAAGUCCUACUCCUACCGCUAUCUGGUCAACAGCUACGACUUCAUCAACGAGAGCUUUGGCAUCCGCCAGCAGGAGGCUGAGAGCCAGAGCAACUUCCCGUACCUCAUCAACCACCAUGACAAGUGUGACAGCAAUGAAGUGCUGCUGCUGCUGUUCGUCAAAUCUUCCCCAGAGAACCUGGAGAGGAGGCAGGCCAUCCGGGCCACCUGGGGGAAUGAGACCUACACCCAGAGGGAGUUGGGGGCCACUGUGAGGGUGGUGUUUGCCCUGGGGGUCCACCCCAACCCCCAACAGAGGGGCCAUGUACAGAGGGGGCUGCUGGGGGAAGACCAGGUCUAUGGGGACCUGGUCCAGCAGGACUUUGUCGACACCUUUCACAACCUCACCAUCAAACUGCUGCUGCAGUUCCGCUGGAGCCACACCUACUGCAGCCAAGCACGAUUCCUCAUGUCAGCCGACGACGACAUCUUUGUCCACAUGCCCAACCUGGUGCACUACCUGCGGAGCCUGAUCCGGCAGGGGGCCCGGGACCUCUGGGUGGGCCACGUGCACAGGGGAGCCCCCCCUAACCGCCGGAAGGACAGCAAGUACUACGUGCCUUAUGAGAUGUACCAGUGGCCCUCUUACCCAGACUACACAGCGGGGGCAGGGUACGUUGUCUCAGGGGACGUAGCUACCAAAAUCUACCAGGCCACUCUGUCCCUCAAUGCCUCGCUGUACAUUGACGAUGUGUUCAUGGGCAUUUGUGCCAACGCCAUGGGGGUGUCUCCCCAGGAACAUGUUUACUUUUCAGGGGAAGGGAAGGCCCCCUAUCACCCCUGCAUCUAUGAUAAGAUGAUCACCUCUCACGGACAUGUGGCAGAUGUCCGGUACCUGUGGAAGGCAGCCACGGACCCACAGAUUCAUUAUAUUUCCUCUGGCUUGGUGGGAAAGCUGUACUGCACAGCAGUGAAAGUAAUGUUUCUCUGUAAACCUUACUAUUUCAAUACCUACCCAUGCAAGGCGGCAUUUUCAUAGUGUACUGUAAGGCAUUUUCUUUUUAUAUUUCAGUGUCCGCAGCUGGUAUCAUUUUCUAAAUAAAGACCAAAGCCAUGUUCUUGAGCAUAUAUCACCACUCCUGCCUUGGCUUGAUGGAUGGAUACUGCAGUUGUACUUUGUGUUUUAGCUAAUUAAUUGUGUGAUGGUAAACAGACUGUUAAUGUUCUUGGCUGCAUUGAGGAACAUUUUGGCUGGCUGCAUGAAGUCGUAAGGGAAGAAUAAUUUGAAUAAAUUACCUCACAGUCUCAAGAGGAAAUUCUGUUCAGAGUUGCUAGCAGACAUUAGGCUUUUUAUUCAGUUUUCUAUUGCUCAUUGAAUUAAACUGGUUGAAAGUGUACCAUCUGUAUC